AUGGCGGCAGCUUCAUCCUCUACUGGCACGACGUGCACAGAACCGGAACACGGGAGGGCUACCGAGGAGGACUCGGCUAUCAUGACGUCUAGGCCCUUCAGCAGGGACGUCUCACAGGAGGCGCCAUUGCCCCUGGGCAGAAGGCUGCUGCGCGCGUUUUCUCAGGGGAUUAAUCCAGCCUCGAGCAUUCGCACACUGAAGGGCCUCUCCAACACUUCGAGGUCUUCGUCUGGGGAUACCGAGAAUCUCACGCCGCCACCCGCACGCAGUGCCGUGGGGCCCAACAGCAUGCUCUGGACGCUUUCCGAGGCAUCGUCACUGGGAGAAGAAGCAGGGUGGGAAACGAUUGUGGAGCAGGAUGGCAUCAAACCGGCGAUGGGGCUGACGUCUUUCCACUCGGAGAAACACGGCUUGCGACUUUGGGUCCAACCCGACAGCGUGCCGGUGCCGCUCUCACCAGGGCGCCAAGAAGCCUCGGGACCGAUCCGGGUGCGCGACCUGGUCCAGACCGUGGAGUUCGAGGGCGGAGAACUGCAGGGGAUUUUGGAGGUAGAAUGCCUCCCUUGCGGACGCCGGUUUGACGCGCCCUUGCUGUUAGAUUUCCCCGUCGAUGGCAGGAACAAGGAAGAGCCCAUCAUCGACGCCCACGGCAGAAUUCAAUACGAGAUCCUUAUCAAGGACCCUCGCUCCGAGAGUUGGGUCAGGGACCCCGAGAGUUCGAUUCCGCCUGAGAUCGUCCAGGAUAACCAAGGCAAGGUCUACGUGAGAGCCCAUGUCCGGCACUUCAGCUGUUGGGGGUUCUUCUUCAAGCCGCUCGACAUUGGUCCUCAGCUGUUCCACAAGCAGACGAUCCCUUGGGCGCAGAGCAAGCGGCACCAGAGCCUCAUCCAGAACAAUACCCCCAGGGGCGUGGACGUCCACAUCUACGCCAUGCGGAUGUCCCAGUGGAGCGCCGCCCUGGAGUCUGUUAAGGCGGGGGCAGGGAUAGAGGGCUUCCAAGCGAACUUCGAAUUCACGGGGGAUGUCCGUCAGAACGUCAACCCUGCCGCCCUGGUCCCCCAGAUGGUGACUAUACCUUCCGGCAAUAGCCACUGGAUUGAGGUUCCGCGAGUGGGAGCUGGCUUCCGAUCGAGCCGAAAGGCGGUGGUCAUGAUCGUCACGGAGUUCAACGACGAGAACGACGGCAAGAGGAUGCGAUUGGAGGCCGUGGAGCACCUCCGCAGCAGGACCAUGCUAACGGUAACCUUACGUGUGUCUGAAGAAGGCAAGGUAAUCGGGAGCCCCGCCGCAUCGGAAGCGGGAGGAAUUCUGUCCCAAUUGAUGCGCGCCAUCCAGAAUGAUGUCAAUGCCACGCCAAACAACGCGCCUUCGACGGCGGCCCGAAGCCGCAGCGAGACCAACAGCGGGGUGAACAUCGGUCUGGGUGCGGAGCGUCCGGGUGCGGAACAGUUCGUCGGUUCCCCCGCGAUGGCGGAAUCAUCAGGCGACGACAUCUCUCCGACUGGCGCGGGCCCUGCAGAUGAUGCCGCCGCCAUAGCAACGUCUACCACGAGAUCAGCUGGAGAUGAUGCGGCCGCUGUGACGGCGCCCACCGCGGUACCAGCAGAGGCUGCUGCUCCUGCUGCUGCUGCUGUGUCGGUGGCGGCCGUGCCCGAAGACCGCGAACCGCCUGCGGCCAAAGCUGCUGUUGACGACCCAUGGGCUGGCGCUCGUUCAGAUGCUCACCCGAAUGCUUCUCCGUUCCCGGCAACCAAGUCCGCCGCUACAGUUUCUCCUGUUGCAUAAGGCCGUGGACGGUCCGUGAGUUCCUCGUUACGGCGCUUGCAGAGCCACAUAGAGUGCCAUUGACUGCGACUAGCUUAGCAAUUUAAGUGCUCUGUGCCCACCGCACCUGCACGAAUUUUAUGUGGUCCCUUGUUAUCCUGCAGUGGCCACGGCGCAUGGCCAAGUGGGGUGCUGAUCGGUUUGAAGAUUGGUUUUAGUGAGCGUAAUUGUUCAACGGGAUAUAGCCACACAUUUUUUUUUAAACCCAGUCCACCAGACCAAGUGUUGUUUUUGUACUAUUACUGGCACCCAAGACCUGGGACAUGCAGGUCGGACGUAGUUUUGUUUUCUGUUCUUAUUGGUCCACCGUCCACCGUUGAUGGGAUUUGGUGUCCGACUCGUGUUUCCCGCAACGCGAGUGGGGGCCAGGCUACCAGGCGUCAGCCUCAACCAGAUCGCGAUCGAUUGCUGCCUUCUUGUAGACAAACCUUAUAGUUUACAUGCAGCAUUACACGAUUCAUCCCUAUGGGGGGGAGGUGGGUGUUUCGGCAUCGCCGCCCGCCUCCUUCUUCGAUGGAUACCUUGGGCCUACUACUGGCAAAUGA